GCGCAGCUCGCGCGGUCCGAGCGGUGCCUCGUCGACGCGCGCCUGCUCAGCGACGCGGAGAAGUGCCUCGAGGGCGACUGCGUCUACGCGCCGGGCCUGCUCGCGGGCGACGCCUUCGGGACCGCGCUGAGGCUCGCCGAGGAGCUCUCGCGGCACGCGUCGGGCGGCGUCGUGUCGUGGAGCAGGCACCUCAAGCACGAGUCGCCGUCGUUCUCGCGGACUUUUUCUUCAGUGGUGGCCCAGCUGUCCCGCGAGUUCGACGUCGACGUCUUCGCGACGCGGCUGAACUUCUACCGCGACGGCGGCGACUGGAAGCCGUUCCACCGAGACUCCCACGCGUACUGCGGCGACGCCAAGGAGGAUUUUACCAUGGGCGCGAGCUUCGGCGACGCGAGGGAUUUGGCCUUCCGCCACGGCGCCGGCGGUUAUGAGUUUUCCUUUCCCCAGCGCGACGGCGACGUGUUCGCGUUCGGAUCGUCGACGAACGAGGCGUUCCUUCAUGGAAUCCCGAAGCUCCGCAGCAAGAAAUUAGGCGGCCCGCGCUUCUCGAUCAUCGCCUGGGGCCGGCGGCGAAGGCUGACGUCGAAGAACUCGACCAAAGCGGAGCGCGACGCCGCGGAGGAGGUCCGGGCGUAC